CACAACCUCCGUCUCCCUGCGAUCCUUAGAAAUAGAUGUGCGGGCAGAGCGGACAGCAGGCGCACACCGUGGGGAAAUGAAACACGCUGCAGGUCCCGGAGCAGCAGACGAGCUGGGUAGACCCGUUCCCUUUAUCUCCAGCCUUCUCCUCUCUCAGCGGGACACCACACACCGUCCGGGGUCAUGCUGUUUCUUCAUGAGUUAUUAUCGGCUUAUUGGAUCGCAGCUGAGUGAAAGAGAAAGUCCACACUGGAUUUGAACCUACGCACUUGUCUUUGCCACCGUGGAUGAAAUCUUUGCAUAGCCUACUUUAUGUCUGAAUAACUCCUUGCGCAUUUUCUCCCUCUUCUCACAUACGUCGGAUUAUUCCUUUAAAAACCAGGAGACAUGUUUGUCCUGUUUGUAAUCAGCUUGGCCGUGUUGUCAGAUGCAGGUCUGUCGGUGGAGGUGUUUCGUACAGGUGUGGCCCCACGCUGUGAGAGCCGGGCCUGCAACCCCCGCAUGGGUAAUUUAGCCCUGGGUCGCCGGGUCAUGACGCAGACCGUCUGUGGCAACAACGGCACCGAGCUCUACUGCUCCUACGCCGACCCCAACACCAACCUAGCCUGCAGCGCUGCCAAGUGCGCCAAAUGCAACGCCGGCUUGCCCCUCCUGUCCCACCUGGCUGGGGCCAUGUCCGACUCCUCCUUCCGUCACCCCAACACCUGGUGGCAGUCAGCUGAGGGGGUGGAGUCUGAGACGGUGCAGCUGGACCUGGAGUCGGAGUUCUACUUCACACAUCUCAUCCUAGUGUUUCGCUCGCCGAGGCCUGCUGCCAUGACCCUGGAGCGUUCGCAGGACUUUGGGAAAACGUGGAAGAUGCUGCAGUACUACGCCAGCAACUGCAGCGCCGCCUUUAGGAUGGAGGAGGGAAAGGCAGGUGCGGGCCGAGACGGGGCCACCUGCAGCUCCAAAUACUCCGGGGCUUAUCCUUGCAACCGUGGAGAGGUUAUCUACCGCACUCUCCCAAAGUGGGAGUCCCUGGAUCCGUUCGGGCUGGAGGGCCAGCAGCAGCUGAGGGUGACCAACGUCCGAAUCCGACUGCUGAAGCGUCAGUUGUGUCCCUGCCAAGCCAAAGACCUUGCCUCCGCAAACAAAGCUCUGCCAACCCAACACUUUGCCAUCUACGACCUAAUAGUGAAGGGAAGCUGCUUCUGUAACGGACACGCUGAGCAGUGUGUUCCUGCAUCGGGCUACCAGCCCAUCAGAGACCGCACCAACCAUGUGGUCCAUGGGAAGUGUGUGUGCAGACACAACACUGCAGGUAAUCACUGCGAGCGCUGCGCUCCUCUCUACAACGACCGACCGUGGCAGCCCGCUGACGGUCUGACGGGCGCGCCGCACGAAUGUCGGAAGUGUAAGUGUAACGGACACGCUCAGAGCUGCCGUUUUGACUGGACGGCGUGGCGUGAGUCCGGCCAGCGCAGCGGAGGCGUUUGUGACUGUCUGCACAACACUGAAGGACAUCAGUGUCAGAAAUGCAAAGCUGGCUUCUACAGAGACCCCCAGAGACCACAGACAGCCCCUGACUCCUGCAAACCAUGCAACUGUCACCCCUUGGGCUCCAUGCCCUUCCACUUGGCUGACGGCUUACUCUGCGACCCUUCCAACGGGAACUGCAUCUGCAAACCUGGAGUAGGUGGAGCCAACUGUGACAGGUGCAUGGUGGGAUACUGGGGCUUCCACGAGUAUGGCUGCCGUCCAUGUGAUUGUGCAGGAGAGUGUGAUCCGUUUACUGGAGACUGUAUGUUUGGCUCUGAUCUGGACCUGUACAACUUAGAGAGAAACUCUAGUGAGCCGGUGAGGAUCUUCAGAACAGACGAACUCUUCUCUGCCCUUCACUACUCAGAGAAGUGUGAGUGCAAAGAGCAAGCCCUGACCAACAGUAAACUGUUCUGCACCAUGAAUUAUGCAUACGUCCUGAAGGUGAAAGUGCUGUCAGCUCACGAUAAGGGCUCCCACGCCGAGGUGGAGGUCAAAGUUCAGAAGGUAAUCAGUCAGAACGCCAAGGUGAAGAUACAGCGGGGUCGGGUCACUCUUUACCCUGAGUCCUGGACUGCACGGGGCUGCACCUGCCCGAUCCUCAACCCAGGGGUGGAGUACCUUGUGGCGGGCCACUCGGACCAUAAGCAGGGCCGCCUCCUGGUCAACAUGAAGAGCUUCGUCAAACCUUGGAAAGCCAGCUUGGGGCGCAAAGUCCUCACGCUGCUCAAGAAAGACUGCAACUGGUAGACGGGCCGCUAAAACACUGGAGGACAGAUGGACACAUAGACAAUAAUGCCGUGAAUUUUCUUGUCCUCCAGGUGUGGAAUAUUGAAUUGAGCAGGUUUUAGGGGCUGAACUGAGAUGAUUGAAACCCCCUUUAUUUCCCUGCUGUCGUCCAAUGAGAGCUUGUGGCAAACUGCACCAGCUAAAAGCACACAGGAUGUAAAUUUAUAAAGACAUCUCAUGUCUCGCACAUUCCUAUGUAGGAUUUCUUUUGCUGCUGCAGAACAAGAAAUGGAGGAAUUCAGCGCUUUGGCCAGAGUGACUCCCUCUGGAUGCAUUGACAUACAUGAAAAACUGAAUCCCUUUGUCUCUGCAGCACUUUAGCCUAAGAUGGACUGAGGGAAUAAGAGGAGGAUUUUACAUACACAGUAAAUGAACCCCCAGACAUGGACCGCGGAUGUCCAUUUCCUAUUACAGUGGACACUCCUUCACACAGGUAGCAGUUUAUGUGUGUGCUGACAUAAUGUGCAAAGCACCCAGAGUGACGCUUAACAAGCCAUACAAGCCACUACAGGUGGUUCAAUCUUAGCCAGUCCAGGUGGGCCUGUGUUGUAAUCAGAGUGCAUGGGUUUUACCCUGAACGUGAAUGUAUUUGCCUGUUUUGCAAAUGUGUGUGUGCAUGUGAGACAGAGAGAGAGAGUGUUUGAAUGCAGAGGUAUAUUACGAGCACAGUCCAGAUUCAGUCUAGCUCUGAAGCUUUCCCGUAGGUUUGUAAGUGCACUUUCAAAAACAGCCGUUCCAAUGUUUAUGAUACAGCGUCAUGUAUAUUGAUUCAUCUCAUAUUACACUCAAUUCAAAAAAUCCUUGUUAUUCCUUCCUUUGUGCUCUUGUACAGUAUUAUUUGUAUAUAUAUAUCUAUAUAAAUAUUAUGUUCAUCUUUCUCCCUCUGUUUAAAUGUUUUUUGUAUGUCGUAAUAUUAAAGGAUAAUUACAACUUUGGUCUUA